GUGCGAGCCCCUGUCUCUGGGUUAAUGUCCGCCAUGUUUGCGGCGGCUCCGAGAGCGGAGCGGCGGAGAAAAGCGGAUUUGGUGUCGCUGUAAACGCGCCAGAAAUGGGUUUCGCAGCCGCGUGUCGGUCGAGACGAAGUCGAUGAACGCGACCGAUCAGAGAAAAGUCGCCUCGGCGCUGAAUCUGUACGAAUAUUCGGUUUAGUUCAGACUUGGUUCCGUGUUCACUGGUGUGUUUUUUUUUCUUCACCGAAAACAAUGAGUAAACUCUCGUUCCGAGCGCGAGCGCUAGACGCCGCCAAACCUCUUCCCGUGUACUCUAACGGAGACAUCCCGGACUUAAAUGACUGCGUGUCCAUCAGCCGAGCGGUCCCGCAAAUGCCGACCGGGAUGGAGAAAGAAGAGGAAUCGGAGCACCAUCUCCAGAGGGCCAUCUGUGCCCAGCAGGUGUUCAGGGAGAAGAAGGACAGCAUGGUCAUCCCAGUGCCCGAGGCUCAAGGCAACAUCAACUAUUACGACCGGCUGUACAAAGGAGACUUCCGUCAGCCCAAGCAGCUCAUCCACAUCCAGCCGUUCGGACUGGACAGCGAACAGCCAGACUACGACAUGGACUCGGAGGAUGAGACUCUGCUCAAUCGACUCAACCGCAAGAUGGAGCUCAAACCGCUGCAGUUCGAGAUCAUGGUGGACCGGCUGGAGAAAGCUAGCGCUAACCAGCUGGUGACUCUGCAGGAGGCCAAGCUGCUGCUGAACGAAGACGACUACCUGCUCAAGUCCGUGUACGACUACUGGGUGAGGAAAAGGAAGAACUGCCGUGGGCCUUCGCUCAUCCCGCAGAUCAGGCAGGAAAAGCGCGACGGCUCCACCAACAACGACGCCUACGUGGCCUUCCGCAGGCGCACGGAGAAGAUGCAGACGAGGAAGAACCGUAAAAACGAUGAGGCGUCCUACGAAAAGAUGCUGAAGCUGAGACGGGAGUUCAGCCGAGCCAUCACCAUCCUAGAAAUGGUUAAGAAGAGGGAAAAGAGCAAGAGAGAGCUGCUGCACCUCACACUGGAGGUGGUAGAGAAGAGGUACCAAAUGAGCGAUUUCUCUGGAGACGUUUUAAAUGAGGUCUCAGCACCACUGGCAGAAAAAACAGUCUACCCAGCUCCAAUAUGUCUACCCAACGGGAACAGGCAUAAAGCCGAAAACAAAAUUAAGACCCACAAAACCGUGCCGAAGCACCACCCGCACCACUUUCCAGUCAAGAUUGAACCUCAGUUCGACAUCGUCCGGGGGCAUAAAAAAUACACACGCAGACCCAAGCUGGAGCCGCUACGCCAGCACCCCAUCAUCAAGGCCGACAUCAAGCAGUACGACUUUCACAGCUCCGGCGAGGAGGAAAACCCUCUGUCUCCGUCAUCUGAGCCAGACGAGGAGAAUGACCCGGAUGGAGGCUUUGUUUUUAGACGUAGAGCUGGAUGCCAUUACCUCGCUCCCCUCACGGAUAAAAGCUGCACUCCUGUACCACAUCUGGACGGCAUCGAUGCGCUGUGUCAGAGAAACUCCCUCACAGCUCUGUCGGUGCCACGCCGCUGUGUAGGAGUGACGCGCAGACGCCUAGGCCGUGGCGGCAGAGUACUGCUCGACCGAACCUCAUCAGAUCUGGACCGAGUCCUCAGGCACUUGGACCCUGACACGGUCAGCACCUCUGACUCCUUCCCCGUGCUGACGGACGCACAGACAAACACACACGUCCCCGUAUCAGCCAGGGCAAAGCCUCAGCGCUCUUUGGCUCAGCUCCUUCAUGAUAUCCAGGCCUGCAGGUGGAGGUACUUCCGCCCACGACCCCUUAACCAAAACGGAAAGGAUGAGAGUCGACCUGAUACUCUUCAGGACAACAGGAAAGGAGGAAGAGGAAUGACAGUCACCAAUAAUUUGAGAAACGGCGGUUUAGGUGGGAUCACAGAGGAGCAGUUUCAGUCUCACCAGCAGCAGCUGGCUCAGAUGCUCCAGCAGCAAGGCCUGCAGCAGAACCUACCUGUGUCUGAACAUUCCCACGCACACGUGUCUAAAUCGGCCUCCUCGGGCUGCCUGUCCAAGACAUUAGACUCAGCCAGCGCUCACUUCGCUGCCUCUGCUGUGGUCAGUGGCUCAAACAAGGAUCUCAAACCCCACAGCACCGGAGUCAAUGGCAUCCUUACAAAUUCAGGAAACUCCAGACAGACUAAAUUCAGCUGUUCAUCUCCACUCGGAGUGGGCAGCGUCUCCUCAGGCUCAUCGUCCUCCUCCCGCCCCCCUGCUGUGCCCCAGUCUGUGCCCCAUGUGAGUGUGGUGUCUCCCGCACGACCCUGUGCCCCCUCAUCACCCACGUUAAAGCUCGCCAGCGUGGCCAGCAGCAGUCUGCCCAAAGUCACACUCGGCAGGGAUAAACACGAGCCGGAGAGGCUGGCUCUGAACGGAUUAGCAGACACCACUGUGGCCAUGGAGGUGACAUAGCCUUCCCCUGACAGGGCACUGACCAGACGCUGGAACCUGUACGUGGACCUACACCGCACAGUAGCAUAUCAAACAUUUGUGAAUAUUCUAUGUGUACAUUUUUGUAAAAUUGGGAACUAUCACUACCUUGUAAAAUAGUCUAUUUGUAUCAUUAGGUGUCAUUUGUUACUUGAAUUAUAGAUCGUGUCAUCACGCUUUUGCACUUCUAGCCGAUGGCAAAAAAAAAAAAGUGCAUCAGUAAGUGCAGGGAUCAUGCAUGAGUCCAAAUCAUACAUUCUUGUUUUAACUAUUUAUUUUGCCAUGUUUACAUUUUUGUAUCUUGUACAAAUAAAUCAGAUUUUUGUCACAAAACAUGGAUACCAAGACA